AUUGUAUAUAACGUCACCGGGAUGUGAAUUCAAUCAAAGUAAGUUUAUUGUAUACAACAUAAUUACAUAACACUGCAACAAUGAUCUUUGUAAAACAGAAUCUUGUAUUUCUUUUAAUUGCUGUAAGCAUACAAUCAGCUUUGAGUUAUGAUUGCCCGAUAGUAUGUCCAGAUACUUAUGCUCCUAUUUGUGGUCUCAAUCAAGUUGGACGAAUAAAACGAAUCUUCCCCAACAAAUGUUUAUUAAAUGUUGCAAAUUGUUUGAAUGGAAAAUAUUACGAUGAUGUCCAAUGGAAACCAUGUACUCUUGGACAGUUAAUAACUGGUAGCUCAAUUGAAUUUCAUUUUGGAAGCAAUGCGGAUGAUGGUACAGAUUUUAAUUUUAAUGGAAAUGAUAAUGAAAAUGGUGCUAAUAAUCAAAAUGAAGUGAAAAAUACUCCAAGACAAUUAUUAACAGAUAAUAAAAUUGUUUUUGGUUUUGGAGACAAUUCCACUGACGGUACAGAUUUUAAUUUUAAUGGAAAUGAUAAUGAAAAUGGUGAAAACAAUAAGAAUGAUGUGGAAAAUACUUCAAGCAAAUAUUAAAACCAAUAUAAGCGGGGAGCCCGUGACAGUAAAACUGUACUUACCAAUACGAAUCAAUACUAUUUAACGAUAGGUACAAUAUGGACUAGGUGUGACAGGGUUUAUCUUGGCAGAAAUAUUUUUAUUUUUAAUUAUUACAAGUAUUUUGCACUUUAUGGCCAUUUUAUUGCAAAUUUUAUCUAUUUUCAAGAAAAUUUGGUGUGACAGCUCUUAUCGUUACAGAAAGGUCUGUCAUACCGAUUUUUAAUACAUAAAGCCAAUAAAAUUUUACCCUUAUCGCAGAAUUACUUUUUUCUUUUAAUUUCAACACCAGUAAAAUAUAAAAGAAAUCCUGGCUAAAAUAUUUCUGCUAGGAUAAACCCUGCCGAUAAAUAGUAUUUAUUCAUAUGCGAAAUUUCGAAAUCCAUGUAAGUCCAGUUUGACUGUCACGGUCUCCAAGGCUAAUAAUAAAAUUUCUUUUUGUUUCGGAGACAAUCCCAAUGGCGGUACAGAAUUAAACUUAUAUGAUAAUGAAAAUGGUUCCAUCAAUAAUAAAAAUGAUGUUCAAAAUAUAACUGAUAAUUAGUGGCUGAGAAGCCAUGUAGUGAUUUUAGAACCAUUGAUAAUUCUUCUAAUAUCACCAAUAGAAAAAUAUUUUUCUUAACUUAUUAUUUUAAUAAUGCUUAAUUGCUUUUGUGUAAAAUUAUGUUUUUU